GUCCACCGCGAUGUGUAUAUUAGUCUUCAAUUUAAAUUUUAUGCAACCAAGUCUGAUCAUUAUUAAAACUGAGUUUCUCUUGGCAAUCUUAAUAUAGAGUAUAUCUAUAUAUAUAUGUGUGUGUGCCUGUGUGUGUGUGUAUGAUCCGACCAAAAUAAAGUGCGCCCAAGUGCUCGACGUCGACGUCGACGUCCGCGCGUCGGUGCCGCCAAUUGAUAAAAGAUAAAAAUAAAGAGCGUGCAUCGGCAAGAAUUUUCCGUUUCUCGAUCUCGAUCGCAUUUGCUUGUAAAUUCUUGGCGAACACGCAGUCACAACGUUCCCAACUUGAUUACAUAAGGCAGAAAAUGCAGAAAACGUUAAAAAAGGAGCUCAGCUUCUCGCUGGACACCCUGGAGCGCUAUCGCGCCAAAUAUGGACGCAGUGCCUCAUCGGACACUAAUGGCAAUGGUACACAGCAGGAAUCGCACCCGGCACAGAUCUCUGACAUGGGCACGGCUACAGCUACGCGCACGGUGUCGCCUCCUCCCUCGCUUUUCAAGCCCCAGUCGCCACCUAAGCUGACCAAGCUGCAGGAGCUGCAACAGAAGAAGGAGGCAUACAUGCGACAGCGCGAGCAUGAGCGGGAAAUGGAGCAGCUGUUGAAGGCAGCCGAUAAAGCCAGCAGGCAGGACGCAGCCAGAGCCAACAAUGAAAACAGCAGCAGCACCACCGGCAGCAGCAGCACCACCACCACCACUACCACCAGCACCAGCACCACCUCCUCCCAAUCCACCUUAGCCAAGACCAGCGCCUCCUCCACGACAACAGUCUCGGCCCAGCAGUCGAGCAAAACAGCUGCUGGCUACAGCAACUGGAACAACAACCACACAACACUCAGCUCGCAGCCUUGGUGCGCGAUCAGUGAUCUUAUGUACUUCUGUGACAAAUACGAGUUCAAGACUCUGAGUACACGGGACCUGAAGACCCAUCAGGAGAUUGUGGCGGAGGUGCGUGCCCUGCUCUCCGGCAAGGCGCCGUUCGAUCAGCGGACUCGCUUCCCCGGCAACAUUCACGAUCCGGAGAACCUGUGGGUUUGCAUUGGACGCUGCGCGAGUGUCGAAUACCAUUUGCAGCGCAUCAUUAGCGUCUUCCGAAAGCCCCUCAAUCAGCUGACGCCGGACAAGCAGCGAACGGUGCGUCAGAACUUUCACCUGGCCGUCAGUGAGCUGCGUCUGGACAUAUCGGCGCGCAUUAGCGAGGUGCGACUGUACGAUAGGUUGGUAUUCGAGCGGGAGUUUCGACUGGAAUGGCAAGACGAGGUCUAGUCUAGAGGAUCUACAGGAGGUUGGGUGUGUCUUCAGUUGAUUAACAAUUUAUUCCAAAUUUUCAAUUUCAA